UCUCAGGAGCCUCGGCUGCCGAUCGGCAGCGUUUUCCGACCAUGCUGAAAAAGUGUUGCAGGGCCCCUUUAAGUAAGUCCAGGUAAUUAGGAAGCUGCGUCUUUGCGCAACGUCUCGUUCUUGACUAAAUGUUAUUGACAGUCUAUUGUGUCUACCAAAUGCGUGGAAGCAAAUGAGUGCUUUUAUAGACCGAAUGGAGCACAUGUAAUGAGUGAAACGAAGGAAAGGGUACAUGAAAUAAUAUUGCGAUUCGCUUUGGGACAUUGAGGAAACAACCUCCUUAGAUGAGGCAACCUAAAUAUCAAUGAAAUGUCCAGUCGCUUCUACACCAUACAGAAGUCUACAGGGCUCUGUAAUUUUAGCUGCGUUAUUAGCGGCGGUCCGCAGCACUUACUUUAAGCUUGCCGUGGGCUGUGUGCUUGUAUACGUAGCCAUGGCCAUGCCUGUUUUCUUCGACAUCAGAAGAUUCAGAGAAGUAGACUUGAAUACUGUACAUCGAAGAUUUUUCAUGUUUGACAAAACUACAGAGGCAGCAACAGAGCGGCACAACGGCACCCUGACGAAGAAUGAGACGCAUGGCAUUACAGGUGUUCCCAAGGACGUAGUCAGCGACAGUACAAGAAGUAACCCGUCAGCGCAGAACCUAUGCCCCAUAAUACCUCCAAACCUGAUUGGUUACAUACCUACGAAGAUGGAUGUGCGAUCGUUAGACGAUGUGGAAGGCGAAUUUCCUGACGUAAUGUCGGGAGGCCACUUCCGGCCCAAGGAAUGCACAUCUCGGCACAGGGUGGCUAUCCUCAUACCAUACCGAAACCGGACAGAACACCUCAAAAUAUUUGUAUACAACAUUCAUCGGGUGCUGGCGAGACAGCAGAUUGACUACGGUGUCUUCGUCAUCGAGCAGGGUGAUAAUUGCAAUUUUAAUCGGGCUAAGCUCCUAAACAUCGGAUUUCUGGAGUCUAGUGCACUCUACGACUACCAGUGCUUCGUCUUCCAUGAUAUCGACCUUGUGCCAGUCGACGACCGCAAUGUGUACACGUGUCCUCAAAGGCCUCGUCACAUGUCUGUGACUAUUGACUCCCAAUCGGGUGUCCCGUACCCUUUGAUGUUUGGAGGAGUUAGCGCAUUGAGCAAGGAGCUAAUGUUACGAGUCAACGGCUACUCCAAUGUCUACUGGGGAUGGGGAGGAGAGGACGACGACAUAUCUUCCAGGCUUAAACAUAUCAACCAAACCAUACUCAGGCGUCCGGGCAACAUAGCUAGGUACAAGUCUUUGAAGCACGGGAAAAGCAAGGCAAAUCCAGCCAGGUUUGACAUUCUUCGUGAAUGGGAAACACGCUACAAGACUGAUGGCUUGAACAGUGUCAAGUACAAGGUUAUGCACAUGGAGUUAAAAAAACUUUACACAUGGAUACUGGCUGACAUAAGAGAGCCAUAAAGAGCCAACUUACAGAUCAAUUAUACCUGUUUCCUAAUUAUUUAAAUAACUUUUUUCACCUGUUUUAAUUGUGCCCAACACUUGAAAUUGCGGAGAAUAUUUUCACAGAAAUAUAUUCCAUAAGUCUUUAUACGUAGCACAUUAUUCCUGAAAGCCUUAUUCCCAUUAGGUAACUGAGGAGGAGGAAACCGAGUGCUCAGUUUACGCUACUUACAGCAAUAUGAAACCAGACUACGAAAAGCUAAAUUGGUUGACUCAUUCACGUGAAAAAUUGAAGAGAGAGCGCACAGGGAAAUAAAAC